AUGCCGGCGGCCGGCAGUUUGACCAUUUUAUCAACCGGACAAGUCUGCGUUGACACUUCCCCAGGCGACUUACCAUUUGCGUCUUCUCCAGCCAUGGCCGAGGCUUCUAACCCAGCAGCAGUCGACAGCAGCAGUCUGGGGCCGAAAGAAACAGGUGGUGACAAGAAGAUGGGAUCCUCCGGCGACCGUGUUUCUGAUACCAUCAUUCCCCACCUUCUCAAUUUGUAUGCAUCGCGUGCCACAGCUACGGACUUCGAAAUCUAUGCCCCAAAUGCUUCCUUCGAAGAUCCCCUCAUGUCUGCUCAAGGGGUGAAGCAGAUCAAAUCAGCAUUCUACUCACUUCCUAAGGUGUUCAAAGAGUCUGAAAUCGUGGAGUACAGUGUGCACGAGAAUCAAUUGGAACCUGGAAAACAAGAGAUAUUGAUCGACAACAAACAACGUUACACUCUGUUGGGGAAAAGUAUAGAGAUGAUCUCGCUUAUCCGACUCCACGUCGAGAAUGGCAAAAUCGUUCGACACGAGGACUGGUGGGACAAGAAGCCGAUUGAGAACAGAGAAACAGCGAAAUUACGUGUGAUUGGGCGGCUCAAGGAAAUUGUUCGAAGAGGAUCUAUGUUUGCGACCCAUGCGGCAAUGGGCUUCGGAAAGGACCCAUCAACCCGUUCCCAAGGCCCAAGUCCUAGCCAGACCACCAAAUAGAAGCCAGAGUACUGGGCUUGGGCCCGUUCUUUGGGUGAAUGAGCAUAUAUAUAUAUAUAUGUAUGUGUAUGCUGUAAUUUGUUGGCCAGAAAGAAAUAUUUUGUUUCUUUUGUCAGAAAUCAUAAUUAAGAUGAUUUUUCUUUGCGAGAUGUGCUUACAUUUUCUUCUCUCUUCUACUAUUAUCACAUGUUUUCAAAACAAUAACUUUAAGAAUAGUUUAACUACAUUAUUUUGUGUGGUAACCAGAUUGCAGUACCUAUAAAUAUCAUCAAUUCAUCAAAAUAACGAGACAAAUCAUUGUGGC